AUGAGCGGCGGCGGCAGUGCUCGUGGCGGAGGCCCUGCAAGGGUUGCGAUCCCGGAGAAUGCACGGAAAGUGAUACACGAUAUAAGGGAGAUCACUGGGAAGCAACACGGCGACGAGGAAAUCUAUGCCGUGCUUAAGGAUUGCGCCAUGGAUCCCAACGAGACUGCUCAGAAGCUUCUCUAUUUAGACACUUUUCAUGAGGUGAAAAGCAAGCGUGAACGGAAGAAAGAGUCAUCAAAUGUUCAAGGUCGAGGGGGUAGGGGUGCUCGAGGAAAUUAUUCUGAUGCUAAUGGUGGGAGGAAUGCAGCCCAUCGAAAGGAAAAUGGAGCAAGUCACUUGAGAGAGAGAGUCCCUUCAACUGCCAUGGCUGGAACACACAGACCAAACAGUAACCAUUCACUUCCUGCAGCAAAAGUCGCGGCAGUCAACACCAAUGGCCCUUCAAGUCUCAAAAGCGAGAAUCCUAGUCUGAGGCGCGGCUCAAAUGUUGCUGUAGAUGAUGGUGAAAAAGCCCCAAAAACUGGGCUAGUGGAUGCGAAGAAGUUGGAUGUGACAUCAGAGACAGCUAAAUUACCGCCAAUGUCUGCACCUGAUCAGACAGCUGAUAGCAUGACUCAGAAUGAGCAAGGGAAGUCGGUUUUAGCCACCAAGGAUGUUGCCAAGUCAAAUGCUCCUGGUGCUUAUUCUUAUGCUGAUGCAAGUAAAAGAGCAUGGGGUCGUUUGAUUGCUGCUGCACCAAAUCACGGUCGGCAUGUUUCUCAAGCUGCCAUUUCAGAACUGUCUAAAAAUGAGAAUGCAGGCCCUCUGAGUUUAAAAUCUGAAAGGGUGUCAGGAACACCAAAAGAAGCAGACAAGAGCCAGCUUUCUGAACUCCUCCAGCCCUUAACUUUGUCAACUGAAGACACUUCUGCGGUAAUAGGGCCUUCUUCUGGGUAUGAUAGCACUCUGAGUUUAAAAUCUGAAAGGGUGUCAGGAACACCAAAAGAAGUUGACAAGAGCCAGCUUUCUGUACUCCUCCAGCCCUUGACAUUGUCAACUGAAGACACUUCUGUCGUAAUAGGGCCUUCUUCUGGGUAUGAUAGCCAACUACCACAAGUGUCUAUCACCCCUUCCAAAGGUUCCUCAUUUGCUGAUGGACGAGCAAAAGUUAGUUCUCAAUUGCAUCCAGACUCUAAAACUGAACCUGACGUUCCUAAUGGACAUGUUACUUUUCCGGAUCACUUCAAAGUUCCUCAUGCUUUCAAGAGUGGACUGACAUUUGGAAGCUUUGAAUCUAGUUCUAGCACUGGAGUGAAUUCUGGCAAUGGUCACACCAGGGAUAUCAAUUCUGCAAAUGCGAUUGAAUUAUCUCAUGGGACUGCUGAUUCUGCUAUGGAACCAUCUAGUGGUCAGAAUUUAUCUGCUGCUGUACACAUUGAUCUUCAAGAUAAAUGUGAGUCAGAGUCUGACCAAGAUGUCCUCAAAGAAGUCCAACCAUCACAAGGCAAUGCAUUACCUGAAGCAGAUCCAAAGCAAGAGAGAAUGCAGACUCCAGAAAGGCAUCAAAGCCCCACAGUUCAACUUACCCCAAACUAUGGACUUGGAGUCUUACCACCUACAAAAGGAGUUCACAAUGGGCAACUUGAUGGACAAGAGCCUCAAGCAAGGGAUCCUCCUCGAGUCUCACCCUUUGCCGGUGAAAAUGUUGCAGUAUCACCCAGUCACAGUCCAUCUCCUCAAGGACAAAACCGAGCAGCAGCAGCAGCAGCAGCUGCUGCUUCUACACAACCAAUUCUGCUGAGGCCACCAUAUCAUCUUGGCUAUCUCCCAUAUACACCUUAUUUCAACCCCUAUAUGUUACACCCAAUGCAUCAAUUCUUAAGCCACAAUGGGAUGCCUCAACAACAGCCAUCACCUGGCAGCCCGUAUCUGACAACCGCAGCAGCAGCAGCAGCCACUGCUCCAGGGGUGAAGUUCCCUCAUAACCCACAAUUCAAGCCAGGGACUGGUGCAGCAAAUUCCACGCCUAUUGCACUUCCUCAAUUCUACAGCUCAUAUGGCUCUUCCCCCAUUGGAUUCAAUCCUGGUCUAGCUGUUACAUCUGGUACCUCUGCUAGCAAUGAAGAUCUAUCAGCAUCUCAGCUGAAGGAGAACCGUAUUCUGUCAACAGGACCACCGAGUGAUGUUUCAGCCUGGAUUGCACAAGGACAAGACUUGUCCAGCCUACAGCUGAAUUCUUUGUAUCAUCUCUCUCCACAGGGACAGCACCACCUUACAUUCGCUACUCCCCAGGCUGCUGCUGCCCAUGGCUCUUUUCCAGGAAUUUAUCCACCUCUACAGACAAUAGCUGCUUCUUCAACAGCGAGCCCAUUGUUGCAGCAGCAGUCUCAUGCAAUUUCUGCUGCAGCUGAGCCGGUAGGACCGUCACCAACUGCACCUUAUCAGCAGCAGCCUCAGCUGGCACAGAUGAAUUGGAGCUCUACUUACUGA